AUCAAAUGCAACAACCGAUUCCGACUCAAUCGGUUUCAGAAUCGGUUGUUGCAUUUGAUUUGAAAUCCAUAUACUGACUCCAUUCAGGAUUCCGAAUCAAAUUCCAAAUGGUUUGACCAGGACGAUCUGGAACCAGCUAGAAUUCCAGCUCAUUUCUGGCUUUACUGAGAUUAUGUUCAAUUUUGGUGAGAAAUCCGCCUCAAAUGACUCCGAUUUGGAAUGAGUUAUAUGAGCCGGAAUUCCGGAUGAACGACUGGAUGGAUGUCUGAGAUUUCUCUCACUUUCUUUUUAAAUUUUGAUCAUAGUAAACUGUUUUCACUUCAAAUUCUGUAAGUAUUUCCGUUUAGUGUUUUCGUGACUUUGAUGUAAAAAAAUGAAUAGACGGCUGGAAAUGGAUUUAAACGCACAGGUAAACAACACGGACCACCAGCUGAUAGAUCAGACAGAAGUUGUCGAAAAUGUGGAUGACCGUGUUUCGUCUGGUGACGAGUCGAAUGAUUCAGAAGGACAUGAAAUAUGUCAAGACAUAGUUGCUGAAGUGCACGCUUUGUACCAAAGCGAUAAAUCUAUCGUUCUUGUAGAACUUGUAAAAAGUCGCAUUCAACAGACUAAGCUCAAACGACAAAUUGAUGUGCUCAAGCUUGUCCUAGAUAAAUCGUGCGCUGCUAAGACGAAGCUACAGCUUAAUUUGGCCUGCAGCAACAGAAUGGUGGUGUGCUUGCAAGAAGCGGCAAAAGAACAAGCAAAUCUAUCUGCCAAAAUUACCCAGCAGUACAAUAUUGUCGUGGAUAUGAUAGGAGAGAUAGAUCUCAAACGGCUGAAACUCAUUCAAGAUAGCCGUGAACGUCGGAUGGAGUCCACAGCUUUUCAAGAAAAAAUGAAUCAAAUUGAAAAAGAGUUACAAGAACAAACAUCUUUCGCAAAAUCAGAAUCCGAGCGCAACUGCCAACUACGGGAGCAAAUAGAAGAGUUGGUUGAAACAAACUGCGCUCUGAAGGAUCAACUCACGGAGGCAGAUAAGACACAUCAAACAUUGAUUUCUUCCCACUCAGUCCAACUGAAUGAGAUUGAGAUUCAUAUGACAAAAAUGAACGAACAGCUAGCUAAAGCUGACGAACGUAUUGCCAGCGAAAUACAAACAAAUUCAGCGCUUAAAAGUAAUAUCGAUUCCGUUUUGGCUGAGAAGACUCAUCUUUCGAUGGAACUAACAGCAAUGGAAAUAAAGUUCGCGGAGCUAGAGAAAGAGAUGGAAGUCAAAUUACACGAAAUGGAGAAUUCCUACCGAAUGCAACAUGAAAAGGAGAAUAUAGAAGCUAGUGAGAAAUACGAACAGCUGAAAGAAGACACCAUCCAAAUGGAAUUAGAACUUACAAAACUAACUGGAACUAUUGAUAACAUGCAAAAAGAGCUCAAGGAUUCCAAUGAGAGAUUGGAUCACGAGAAAAACAAGGCCGAAGAAUUUGAAAAUAAAGUCGGCGGUAUGCAAGCUAUUCUUGAAGAUCGAAAUAAUGAAAUAUAUUCACUUCAUGCAAAGUUGAACGGUGAACAGAAGCGAUUUGAGGAACAAAAACAGCAACUUCAACAGAAAUGCAUUGAGAUUCAGAAUCAGUUGGAGGGCUUUCAAGAGGAGUCAGAAGUUAAAGAUUCUAAAAUUGAAAAGUUGGAAAAUGAUCUAGCUAGUCAUGCUGCGAAAAUAUCUUCCAUGGAGUCGCAAAUCAAAGAAAAGGAAAGCGAAUUGUUAUCAUUGCCGGAUAAGUUGGCAAAAUUAGAACAAGCCAACAAAAGGAUCGCCCAGCUGGAAGCGGAACUUUCUAAGAUGACUGCGUUAGAGCAACAGCUUUUAGAAAAAGAAGUCAAAGAUCGUGCAUUGACACCACAAAUAACUUCGACGCCAUGUCAUGAGAUCGAUCUAGGAAGCAGCUCUGAUGUCACGUCGGCUAAGAAACCACGAAUUUCUGAUCAAGAAGGUGUCAGCGGUUCUAACUACAGUACGUUUCAAAGCAACGUCCUUCGAAAGCGAGCUCCUUUGAAGUUUUUCGGAGCCCAUUCUGCGAAUACCCGUUCACCUCCGCAACAGUCAAUGAUAACCCAUGCAAAGACCUUUUUUGGGACGAACCGUCGGAGUGGAGCAAACGUGGACCUCAAUUUGAGUUUUGCGAGUACUGUUAAUAUCGACGACGAACCAUUGGAAACAACGAGUGCUUCUAACAGCUCUUCCAUCCGAAUGGUGAAACCGUUCUUUCGGAAACAACAGGAGAAACAGUGAACAACUGUUAAAGUGACACUUUUCAUGUUUCCCAUUUUUGUUUUUGUGCACCAUUGAAUUCAGGAUUAUUUAUUAAUUUCUUCACGAAGAAAAUAUUUGCGUUACUCCGUUGUUUAGUAAUAUAGUUUUAGUUUCGAUUAUUCA